AUAUUCGGAUCAGAUUUGAGGAUAAGAUGGUUAGAAUUUUGAAGUGGUUUCAGUGUUGAAGCAUCCGAAAUUUGAGACCAAAUCAGAGUCUUCUACUCCGCAGCAGCCGACGCUGCUGAUGCCCGAGCCCCACCAGAUCCACCAACCCCCGCCGUCGCCGCCGAAAGCCGAUCCAAACCCCGUCGCCUCCACGGCGGCAAAUGCCCAGCGCAAUCCGGUCGCGUUGCCGCUGCCGUUGCCGGAGAUCGCGGUGCCGCCGGUGCAGCCGACGAUGAUCAUAAAGGGGAUGCUGGGCCGCUACGAGCGCUGGAACCCCGUGCACCCCACGGUGGGCGCGUUCUGGGGCGUCGGGCUGGGACUCGGCUGCGGGGUCGGGUGGGGCCCAGGGUUCGGGCCCGAGGUCAUCGGCUACGUCGGCGCCGGAUGCGGCGUGGGCUUCAGCGUCGGCGUCACGCUCGCCGGCGUCGGCGUCGGGCUGCCGCAGCACGGCAUCAUCAAGAACCACUACCACGGCGGUUUUACAAACAGUGUCCCAUUCGAAUCAGCAAGGUUUUACACCCUGACUAUCCUAAGGGGUAUGGUAUGGGAUGCCAUCAGCUAUGUUAGCCACAUCGCAGCUACGAGGAAAGAAUCUCGGCAGAAGCUUCUGAAAUUUGAGGAGAACCCUCGGGUUUCAGGAGGAGUUGAUCUCCCCAAACUGGGGAAAGGCGUGUCGAGUAGCUUCCGAUCAACGAUGGAUUGCAUCAGGGCCUUCACAAAUCAGCAUCGGCCUCCAUAGCAGCAAAUAGUUAAAUUGAAGAUUGUUACUUCGGAACUAAGCUUCGCUCAGUUGGUGGAUUGCGUGAGGGCAGCCACCCACACGGAGGUGAAAGUGGGUAACCAGGUGCGGGUGUCUUGUAUGCCGUCCAACCUAGGCAUGGGUAAAAGUUCCUAGUAAUUUUAAAAAGAGAUAUCUGAUAUUCUUACUUUAUGUGUUAGAACCCACAUGGUGCACCGUACACUUAGAUGCAGAUGUCUACGGUAGUAGUUUUGAUCAUGUGCACGUUUAAAGUUUCCUGGUUUAUGAAGGGAAACUUUUCCAGAUAAACAUGGUAGCGUGUAAUCUUGCCGUGAUCCAUGUAAAAACGUCAUCGAAUGAAUUUGUAAAUAUUCUGAUGCUGUCUA